GCAGGACCUCGGGCAGUGGAGGAUGUUGCAGGGCUAGUGGAGCAUCUUCCCCAGCCGGCACCGUCAGCUGUUGCACCGGCAGCGUGGAGGAGAGCGGGGGGGGGGAAAGAAAGAAGAAGAAAAAAAAAAAAAAGGCCGAACUAUGCCGCUGAUUUGAUCGCUUCCCAGCCCGAAUCUCGCGCGGAGCGGAUGUUUCCAGGUUUCCAGCGAGCCUCCAAGUGUUUCCUGCUCUUUGUGCCGGAGGAGCCGCGCAGAUGGAGAAAGCCACUCCGCCGCCCCAGCAGCCGCCGCAGCUCCAGCUGUCCAUAGCCAAGACGGAAAGUCCGGCGGAGGACAUCUCCGGUCUGACCGACGAGGAGCUGCUCAAGUGGGCCAAGGAGGAGCUGGUGCGCCGCCUGCGGCGCUCCGAGGCCGACAAGAUGAGCGUGAUCCUGGACCACGGGAACCUCAUCCGGGAGGUCAACCGCAGCCUGCAGCUGCACCUCAACGAGAUCCGGGGGCUGAAGGACAUUAACCAGAAGCUGCAGGAGGACAACCGCGAGCUGAGAGACUUGUGCUGCUUCCUGGACGACGACCGUCAGAAAGGGAAGCGUGUGUCCAGAGAGUGGCAGCGUCUGGGACGCUACAGCGCCAGCAUCAUGCGCAAAGAGGUGACUCUCUACCUGCAGAAGCUGAAGGAGCUGGAGCUGCGACAGGAGGAGGUGAUCCGGGAGAACCUGGAGCUGAAGGAGCUGUGUCUGCUGCUGGACGAGGAGAAAGGCGUGGGCGGCGGAGGAGGAGGCGGCGGCGGGGGGGGCGGGGGGGGGGGGCGUGGGAUGGGAGGCUGCCGUAACUCCAUCGACAGCCAGAACAGCCUGCUGCUGGUGCCGGGGCAGGGGCUGCUCAUGAGGGACGUGGGCGACGGCAGCAGCACGUCCAGCGCGGGGAGCGCCGACAGCUCCGACCACCCCCACCACAAGCAGCCUCACCUGGCCGCGGGGGCGGGGGGAGUCGGCGGCGGCGGCGGCGGCGGCGGCGGCGGCGGCGGCGGCGGCGGGGAGAAGAGCAGCCCCGAGCUGGUGCACAAACCCAGGUGUAGCAGCAUCAGCGGAAUAGGUGGAGGAGGAGGUGAGAGGGACGUGUCCAGUCCCGAGCUCCCGGCCGGACGCCACCGGAGCACCAGCCUGGAGUACCCCUACACCCUGCCCCAGCUGUGCCGGCCCCGCUGCGGCUCCAUAUCCGUGCCCGACCACAGUCGGGUCAUGCGGGGCCUGAGUCCCGAGAAGUACGGGAAGAACGUGGGCCGGCGCAGUCCGGAGCAGCACCCCAAGCACCACAGCUCCGACCUCCUGCUGGGCCAGAGGCAGCACUUCCACGGCCAGGGCGGCAGCGGGGAGCUUUACCAGCGGCACCAGCGGAGCAGCAUCAGCGGGACGGGCUGCGGGAGCCCCGAGUUCCGCCAGUUCCACCUGGGGACCGGCGACCACCACGAAAAGGGCUGCGUGGUCCAGGGGGGCAGCCCAGAAACACACCGGCACCAGUACGGCAUGAGCCCCGACCACGUCAAGUUCGGCAGCCCCGUGAGGGACGGGCAGAGGAGGCCGGCCGGAGACGAGCUGUCGCCGCACCACCGGAGCAUCUACAACGGCAUGAACGCUUUGAUAUCAGCCGGCUGCUGCACCAACAACUGUAGGAAUGUGAAGCUAUGGGACAGCUUCGACGCCUCCUCUUGACCUCGACCCGGCCUCCCUCGCCUCUCUCUGGGAGGACGGCCGGCAGCGGGGCCGCCCUCCUGCGCCUCUGGCCUUGACAGACACGGGGACCCCCGGACGCCCCCCUCCUCCUCCUCCUCCUCCUCCCCGACUCCGGAUGGUGUGUAGUUCACGGCCUCAUCCAUGUCCACAGCCGC